ACUACCAAGCCAACAAUGUACUAGCUUCUUCAAAAGAUUCCAAUCAUCUCUACCCAAACUCCUCCACCAACUACCAAAUAUAUAGGCUCUGUGGUGUUCCACACUCGUUGUAGCUUGUGGCUCUUCGUGACCCUCAUAUCGUCUCGUCCAUCCAUAUAUCUGAACAACAGUCCUCGUUAUAAGCACUGUCACAGAUUAAACGACCUAGCUAGCUAGUAACUAGCACAGAAAAUGAAAUCACUUUUGCCCUUAAUUCUCUUUGCUCUCUGCACUUCUCAGGCAUAUUCUCUAACACCUGAAGCACAUCCGCAAAAGCCCAACAACGAGACCAUUCUGAGGAUCUCCAAGCAACUAUGCUGGGGCUGCAUUGGAGAGUCACUCCAGUUCUUGUUCCAACACAACAUGGUUAGGGCAGCAAAGUGGGAGAUGCCACUCAUGUGGGACUUCCAGCUCGAGAGGUACGCACGGUGGUGGGCCGGCAUCCGAAAAGCCGACUGCAAGCUGCAGCAUUCAUUCCCGGAAGACGGGUUCAAGCUGGGAGAGAACAUAUACUGGGGCAGCGGCUCGACGUGGACUCCGAUCGACGCAGUGAAUACCUGGGCCGCUGAGGAGAAGUACUACACUUACGCAACGAACACCUGUGAGGCGGGUCAAAUGUGCGGGCACUAUACUCAGAUUGUGUGGAAAAGUACGAGGAGAGUCGGGUGUGCUAGGGUGGUGUGUGAUGAUGGAGAUGUGUUUAUGACUUGUAAUUAUGAUCCGCCUGGUAAUUAUAUUGGUGAGAAGCCCUAUUAAGUUAAAUAUGCAGGUGGUUUUCAUCGUAGUUAUAUGGGGGUUUGGACAUAAAUCACAUAAUAUAUAGUCCUUCUGUGUGCAUCUGUCUGUCAAUAUGUGUAUGGUCAACUGCUCAUGAUGAAGAAUCAAAAAUAGGAAAUUCCAUUGCAAGAAUGUAUGAUCCGUAAUGCUACUGCUACCAAAUAUC